CAAGCUAUAGGAACCCUUGUUUCGUGUCCGUUCGCUGCCAUAUCUCGCCACGACCUCGUUCUGUACCGCAGUACAACUUUCACAAUAAACCAAACUACCUCUACUUCAGAACGCAUAUCAAGAUCUCCCAAUGGCAACCAUCAUCGAAGCCCAGGACCUCAGAGAAAGAAUCAGGCGCUUCCGAGUUCUGAUCAUGGGGAGAGCAAACACAGGCAAAACGACCAUCCUUCAGAAGGUCUGCAACACCACGGAUCAACCAGAAAUUUACGAUACCCAAGGAAACAAGAUCGAUACUGCCAUCAUAGAAUCAUCAAUUAAGCGUGGAAAUCACAACAUCACGAACGAAAUGGUGUUCAAAAGCGAUCCCACUUUUGUAUUUCACGACUCACGUGGUUUCGAAGCGGGAUCCGAAGAAGAAUUCGAGACCAUGAAGAAAUUUAUCACAGAACGCGCACAUGCAACAAAAUUAGAGGAGCGAAUCCAUGUUAUCUGCGGUCGGAGAAGUUCUUUUGGGAGUGCGACACCGGGCACGGUGAACUUGCAACUUCAUCUUCCCGUGGUCGUGGUGUUCACCAAGUUCGAAGCUCUGCGUCCAGUCGCAUAUGGUGAAAUUAAGAAGCAACUACAAGGGGUAUCAGGCGAAGAACGCUCAAAGAGGAUUGCCGAGGGCGUCGAGGAACUGUUUACUAAGACAGAUGUCUUGAAUCGGUUGUGCAACCCUAAAAACUGGGCUCGUCCCAAGUCCUACGUGCACUUGCAGAGAACCGUCCUAGAUAUGAACAAACCGAAUACAAACUGCGACACUCUACUGGAAAGCACCACCCUCGCAUUGGACGACGAAGAAUUGCGGUUGUGCUUGGUGUCAACACAGAAAUCAAAUCUGGAGCUUUGCAUCAAGUGUGCCAUCGGGUGAGUCUCAGAUUCGCAAGUUACAUUGUUUGUUCCAACAUCAUCUAGAACACUCGUUGAUUGUGCA